AUGAAUUUCACUGCAAAGACAAGGGAGCUGCUGACAAUCCUAGAGAACAUAGAAAAUAGCUACAAUCCCUCAUCCCCGCAAUACAAGUUCACAUAUGUCUUCUACAACAUUGUGGAUACUCCAGUAUCAAGGCCUCUCGACUUUCCUCAGGAUCUCUGGAAUAGAUACUACAUUCCAGACGCUCCGCUAAUGCCGGUCAUUCUAAAUAAGCAGCAGAUCGAGGAAAGGAGGAAGAUUCAGAGCGAUUUGAUUCUAAAGCUGGCCGAGUCUAAGAAUGGAAUUCUCAAGAAACUUGAAAGUCUCAAGUUUAAAAGGGAGAUGGUGAAGAACAAGCUUCAGAAUACGGUGAAUAAGUUUAGAGCAAAGCUAAGAAAAUAUGUGUAUUGCAAAGAAGAUAACGACGGGGUCUAUAGACUACAGACUGAUGUUAUUGAGAGGGACAAGCUAGUAUUAAAGGAAAGAAAGGAGGACGUUCUUAGACAUUUAAUAAAAAUGAAGGAAAGGCUAGAAUUAUUUGAGAAGAAAGUGUCGGAGAAUAUCCAUGUUUUAUCGGAGAAAGGUAUUGUACUUGCCAGGCAGCUGGACAAGGGAUAUUGA